AUGCGCACCAUUCCGGAUACCCAAAACGCUCUCCUGGUCCUCCCGUUGACACCAGCCCUUCUGCAGGACCCAGGGCCCCUCCUCCCUACGGUUUACCAGGCGGCCCACCACGCCACCUCCACCCUCACCGUCGUCUUCUCCACUCCCUCUGGCCCCCAGCUGUACCCGGCUCUGCGGGCAGCCCCGCGCGUGCACUGGGACGCGUUCCAGCACUUCCUCGGCAAAGUUUAUGCAGCCCUGGCCGCUGGUCACUGGGGUGCGGGCCACAUCCUCGUCGACGUCGAGGUGCGCUUUGACGGCGAGCCCGGAGACUGGAAGCACAAGCUGCUCGCCAAGCCAGAUGUAGUGGCUUUCCUCGAUGCACCUGCGAUUAUCGAAGCCGCCGCAGCCGGUGUCACCCAGCACCUGGUGCCCACUCCCAAGCUCCCUUCCGCCGCGGGCGAUCUGUCCGAGACCGCCCCGGCCCCCGGAUACCCCGAGACCGCGAUUGGUGGCACGUUUGACCACCUGCACGCCGCCCACAAGCUCUUGAUCAACACUCAGCUCUUUGUCACGGAGAAGCGCAUGUUCGUCGGAGUCAUUAGCGAUUCGCUCCUGGCGUCCAAGUCCAACGCCAAGCUGGUCGACAAGCUCGAUCGACGCAUCGCCGACGUCAAGGCGUUCCUGCAACGGUGUGGACCAGGUGACGUCUUUCCUGAUGUGGCCGAAAUCCACGACGGGCUGGGGCCCACGGCUUGGGACCCCUCGUUCACGGGUCUCGUAGUCAGCCGUGAGACCAUGACGGGUGGAAAGGAGGUCAACCGCGUGCGCUCUGAAAAGGGGCUUGGCGCGCUGGACAUUCUCUCCGUCGACGUCAUUAGCUCAACAGUGGCGAGCGACGGCGACGAUGUGCUCCACACCGUCGACCUUGGGGAGGUUGACGAUGCGCAAUUGAAGAACCUCAAGAUGGGCAGUACGGCUAUUCGAGAGUGGAUGGCUGCGCACCCGCAACAGACGACAAGACCGUAG